GAUUCUGUUUAGUCGUGUUUUCAUCGCUAUGUCUUUAUAUGGCGGUUUGUGAUUGAGAAUUAGCAAGUUAACUCAGUAGUUUUUUUCUUGUUUGCAUAAUAAAAGUGGGAUUUUAAACGAUUUUCUAGAGUGGGUGAAGCGAGCGGCGCUAGAGCAUAUUCGGUGAACAUGGAGGAGAAGACAGUUGUGAUACAAACCAAGCUGGGUCAGCUGAGAGGUCUGGUUAAGCAUUCUAGUCUGAAUGGGAAGAAUUAUUAUUCAUUUCGAGGCAUUCCUUACGGGGAACCACCCCUGGGAGAACUCAGAUUUAAGAGUCCUCGCCCGUUUGGCAGAUGGAAGGGUGUGAGAGAUGCUACUGAAGAUGGUCCUUCCCCCAAACAACCUGUCCUCGGUCCAUCCGCCAGACACGGUUCCUGGCCCAGCACUUGGCACUGAUGAGGAUUGUCUCUAUCUCAGUGUCUUCGUUAAUGAGCUCCCACGGAAAUCCAGCUCUUUAAAGCCAGUUAUUGUCUUUUUAAAUGAAGGAGGCUUCCUUAUUGGGUCAGGAAGUUCCGAAAAUAAAGGACCUGACUACUUGCUCCAUGCGGACAUUGUUGUCGUAUUUUUCAACUACCGAUGUGGAGCUUUUGGGUUUCUGUCACUGGAGAAUGAGGAAGUCCCAGGAAAUGCAGGACUCAAGGAUCAGACCUUGGCCUUGAAGUGGGUCCAUGACAACAUUGAGAGUUUUGGAGGUGACCCUAACAAUGUCACGAUCUUUGGUCUUAGUGCUGGUGGUGCUUCAGUACUUUUCCAUUUGUUGUCUCCUUCUUCUAGAGGUUUAUUUCAUAAGGCAGUUUCACGAAGUGGCACUGCACUGGACCCAUGGGCUUUGCAAGAUAAUUCUCGAGGAAACGCUUUGAAGCUGGCCAAGAAACUUGGAUGUUCAUUUGAGAACCAAAAUGAAGUACUCAGGUUCCUCCAAUACGCACCUGCCGAUGAUAUUGUGGCUGCCACCACCAAAAUAAUGUCAGAAGACAAGGAGAUGGUGACUAAAAAAGUGUCAUUGGUAUUUCUGCCCUGUGUGGAGAUUUCAGGAGUUGAGCCAUUUCUGUCUGACACUCCAAGAAGUCUCAUGGAGAGAGGGCAGUUUGCUCAAGUUCCGGUCAUCAUAGGAGGAUGUGCACAAGAAGGAGGAGUGCUAGCAUAUUUUGAUGGACUAAAUGACGAAGCUUUUACAAGAGUAAACGAAAAUCCUGUAUGGGUUGUACCAUCUUCUUUGGGGCUCAAACCUGGAAGUGCACAGGAGAAAGAAGCAGAGCAAGAUAUUUGGGAUUUUUAUUUUAAAGGAAAUUGGAUCUCUUGGACCAAUAUUGAAGACUAUCUACAAUAUCAGGCUGAUGUACAAUUCAACAUUGGGAUAGAUACCACAAGAAGACAUCUGUUAAAAUAUAGUACAGCUCCAGUGUACACUUACUUGUUCACCAAUCACACCAGGUGCUUUGUGUGUUUCUUGCUGGAGCUCAUGCAUCCUAAAUUUUUCUCAAAGAUUUGUACAAAAGAAACAUGUCAUGGAGCAGAUGGAUCUUUUUUCUUUCACAACAGCAUACUCCAUCACCUUCCAUUGACUCAAGAGAACAAAGAAGAUAUUAAAAGAAAUGUUGAUACAUUAGCAGCAUUUGCUUCUACUGGUAAUCCAAACCAUAGUGACCUAGGAGUGGAAUGGAGAAAAGAUUCCCUGAGGAAUCCUUGUUACAUGGACAUAGGAACAACCUGGACACUCUCGGAAGGGACAGCUUUCACAGACAGAAUGGAUUUCUGGAAAGGACUUCUACAAAAAUACAACAGCAAUUGAAAAUGCUAUGAAGAAAAAACAACAAGCAGAACUAAUAAAUCUGUUUCAUGUUUUUAUACUCAAUAUAAAUGUUACAUUUUA